ACCAGAGCUCUUCUACCCUGUCUGUGCUGUGGGCAGAGAUCACUGGGGACAGCCCAGGCUCUGAAUCUGUUGCCAAGUCUAGGGAGAGGCCAACACCAACACACCUGUGUGUAUUCCAAGCAGCAAAGGAAGUUGAGGCCUUGUCUUCCUAACCACAGCUCCCUCUGCGGGGCUAGAAAGGCAUGAUGUGGAAAUGGAUGCUGCUUCUGCUUCUGGCCUGGGGAGCCAUCACCUGCAGUGCCAGGGACAGGACAGACCUGCUCAAUGCCUGCUUGGAUGCCAAGCACCACAAGACAAAGCCAGGCCCUGAGGACAAACUGCACGAGCAGUGCAGUCCCUGGAGAAGGAAUUCCUGCUGCUCCUUCAACACCACUCAGGAGCUGCACAAGGACACCUCUCUCUUGUACAACUUCAAUUGGGAUCACUGUGGCAAGAUGGAGCCUGCCUGCAAGCGUCACUUUAUCCAAGAUUCAUGUCUGUAUGAGUGCUCACCCAAUCUGGGGCCCUGGAUCCAGGAGGUUAACCAAAACUGGCGCAAAGAGCGGUUCCUGGAUGUGCCAUUAUGCAAAGAGGACUGUCAGCGCUGGUGGGAAGACUGCCGCACCUCCUCCACCUGCAAGACCAACUGGCACAAGGGCUGGGACUGGAGCUCUGGAGUUAAUAAGUGUCCAGCCAAGGCUGUUUGCCGCACAUUUGAGUUCUACUUCCCCACACCAGCUUCCUUUUGUGAGGGUCUCUGGAGUCACUCCUACAAAGUGAGCAACUACAGCCAAGGGAGUGGCCGCUGCAUCCAGAUGUGGUUUGAUCCAGACCAGGGCAACCCCAACGAGGAGGUGGCCAGGUUUUAUGCUCAAGCCAUGACUUCUGGAGCCAUAUACCCUGGGAGAGGGCUCUUCAUACCCAGCCUGGCCCUGAUACUGCCACUUUUACUCCUUGUCUGAAUGCAGUCCUCCCUAGAUCUCUUCUCUGCUACCUAGCAGGCUAAAGGCUCAUCUGAGUUCUUACAAUUGAGGGAACCCCAAAUCUACCUGUAAUCUAUUACUCAGCCCUUUAUCACCCAGUUCUUGCUCCAUGGUGAGGUUUGGGGGCAGUGCUAAUAAAUUUGUACACAUCACUA